AUGUGCGUCCUCAACGUGUUUUUGGUGGUGGUGCUGGAGUGCGCGAUGCAGACCUUCGAGGCCGACAGGGUGCAGAAGGUGAGCAACAAAGAGCUCGAGCGCGCCGCGCAGAUCGAGGAGCUGGCCAGGCAGUGUUACAACCUCGACGCUAGCGCCCGGGGCCGUUUGUCCGUGGACGUUUUGGCGCGGGCCUAUGAGGCCAAUGGAGCGCUGCGCGUGGCCAUGGACCGGCUGCAGCUGAGGCAGCCGGAGCUGGAGAUGCUGUGCCGGCAUUUGGACGAGGAGAAUCUGGGGGAAGUCUCUUACAAGGACUUGUGCCAACACAUUGCUGGCUUCGAUCGUGAUCCUCUCAUGACACAGUCACUGGUGCAGUAUUCAGUCCUCGACCUGCGGCGGCUGCUUUUGCAAGUCCUUGCCUCCCCGCGCGCCUGGGAGCCGAAUUGGACACCGAGCGCGGUGCCCCGGGAGCCCACGGCCGAAGCGCCGCGGGCGCAGGCGCCCGGGCACGGCAUGGGGCCCCCGCUGCGGCCGGCGGCGGCGCCCACGGCGAUGGGAAGGCUGGAGGAGCUGCAUGCGGAGUUGCAGCCGCUGCUGGGGAAGGCAGAAGCGCUGCUGUCGGAAGCGCUGGACUCGUAUCGCGUUGAUGUGGACGGCCCGGGCGGCGCUUUGCGCGGGGACCACAACGCCCGCUGCGCGAACCUCAGGGAGGCCUUCGCCCUGCAGCGGGUGCAGACGGAACGCCUGGAGGAGAUGCUCGGGGGCGUGGUGCACCGCCUGGCGCAGCGGUGCGGCGGAGCUGAGGGCCGCACCGAGUUCCUCUGA